GUUCACCCUCUCGCGCCCAGUACAGGAAGGGGCACGUGAGCUGCAGUUGAGGAAACUGCUCUGCUCGAGCUUUCUUACUUGAACGGAUGCACGGGACAGCCUCCGAAGCCUACUCUCUAUCCCGGGCGUGCAGAGAGAGAGAGAGAGAGAGAGAUGAACUCUGUUCGGGACAUGACACGAUGAACGCCCACACCGCUUAUAAACGUUGGCGGUUUAGUGUCGGAUAAAGAACACAUUAGAGAUGAGUGAAAGCGUCGAGAAGGCAACGAGCGCUUGAACGCGGGACUCAAUAUCAGUUACAAAGGGGAGCAGCGCGCGGGCUCUCUCAUCCCCAGCACUCGCUUCGAGGGACAGCUCCUCGAGACUUCUCCCGUGAACUGAACACCAGGAGGUUCGCUUUCCGCCUCUGGUCUGGCCGUUUGACGGAGUUAUGUACCAGGUACAGGGAACAGGGGGAAGGGUCGUUGCCAUGGUGCUGAAGGAGCUUCCUGGUAAAAAGACAGCCUCAGAAGGAAACCCCCUCCUCACCGUGACAACCAAGGUUGGCAUAACGACCAUCUGAUGGAAAAGUGGUGCAACCCCUCCCUGCGGGUGGGCGAGCAGCAGGAGAUACGCCCCCUACUCAGUCCCUCCAUCGAUGACUUCCUGUCAGACAGCCGCGUGGACGGCCCCACUCAUCGGCCAGUCACCUCGAACACAGCAGUGCUGAACACAUCUCUGGACCUGGUGGACCUGAGCGACCCGGGGGACGGGCUGGUGAGGAGGGGGUCCAGCAGCAGCAGUGGAGGAGGAGGAGGAGGAGGAGGAGGAGGAGGGGGAGGAGGGAGGAGGAAGGGCAGCAGCAGCAGGAGCAGCCCCCGCAGGAAGAGGGCGCCAGAGAGCGAUCUGAUCCAGGUGGAGGUGGAGCGCCUGCCGCCCAGCCCGCACACGCCCUGCACGCCCCGCACGCCCGAGAGGAUCUCCCUUGACUCAGUCAGUCUGUCGUCCCCGCUGGAGAGAUGGGAGGACCUCACGAUGGACCUGGAGGCCAGUGUCAGCCGGCGGGGCCGACGCGAAAACAAGUGCUCCUCUAACCACUCGUCCAGCGAGCUCCUCUGGUCUGCAGAGUUCAAGACGGAUCCUUCCACCAGGAACACCUUUGACGUGCGGAGUCUGGACGAGGGCGACCUGCUCUCCACAUCCCCCCAGGACUGUGCCCGUCAGCGAAGAAGAGCUCGCUCUCUCUUAGCGAGGAAACUAUCUUUGGAAGACGAGUUUGUUAAGGCGAAGGCUGCUGUGGAGUCCGACACAGAGUUCUGGGAUAAGAUGCAGGCGGAGUGGGAGGAGCUUGCGCGCAGGAACUGGCUCGACGAAUCAGAGAACGACAGUCCUCUGGCCCCCAGCAUCUCACCUGUGGAGAAGGGCUACUACUUCCACACGGACAACCCGUACCGGGACUGGCCCAACGCCUUCACCGAGGGCCAGGAGCGGGCCCGGGAGGGGGACCUCAACACUGCGGUCCUACUGCUGGAGGCCGCCAUCCUACAGGACCCCCAGGACGCCGAGGCCUGGCAGGUCCUGGGCACGACGCAGGCAGAGAACGAGAACGAGCAGGCGGCCAUCGUCUCCCUCCAGAGGUGUCUGGACCUGCACCCCAACAACCUGUCGGCCCUGAUGGCUCUGGCGGUGGGCUUCACCAACACGGGCCUGCAGCGCGACGCCUGCCACGCCCUGCACCGCUGGAUCUGCCACAACCCCCGCUACAAGCACCUCCUAUUGGACAGCACCGGCCCCCCGCCUGGCCCCGCCCCCACACCGAGCCACGCCCCCAGCCCUGCCGCGGCCAGCCAGCAGCUGGCGGAGGUGAAGGCUCUGUUCCAGGAGGCGGUCCUACUGAACCAGGACGGGCUGGACCCGGACCUCCAGACGGGCCUGGGGGUCCUCUUCAACCUCAGCUCUGAGUUCCACAAGGCAGUGGAGGCCUUCACUGCUGCCCUGUCCGUCAGACCCCAGGACUACCUGCUGUGGAACCGUCUGGGCGCCACGCUUGCCAACGGGGACCGCAGUGAGGAGGCCGUGGAGGCGUACUCCCGGGCCCUGGAGAUCCAGCCGGGCUUCAUACGGUCCCGCUACAACCUGGGGAUCAGCUGCAUCAACCUGGGCUUCCACAGGGAGGCGGCCAGUAACUUCCUGACAGCCCUGAAGCAGCAGAGGCAGAGCCAGCGGCCCAGCCAGCCCGUCAUGUCCGCCAACAUCUGGGCGGCGCUCCGCAUCGCCCUGUCCAUGAUGGAGCGCCCCGAGCUGGUCCACGCCGCCAGCGUGGGCGACCUGGACCUCCUGAUGAGGGCCUUCGACAUGGAGGACAUCUGACCCCGCCCCCAGUGCCCGGCCCGACAACAAGGACAACAGCGACGCGCAGUGGAGGUUAGGGAGUAGCAGGGUUGCCAGGUUGGUGAUGCUGGGCAGGGAGGCCGCCAGGUCUUGGAUGGAUUUAGGUUUAAAAAAAUAGUGAUGACACAACAAACACUGAGGACCUGCUGCUGACCGAGCUGUUACACUCAUAUUAUGGGAUGGAUGUCCUCUUCCGGAUUCUUUAGGGGUGUAGGGGGCAAACAUCAGCACAACCUUCUGAGCUUAGAUUCAGUCUAAUAGCACAAAACGUUUAUCUGCAUCUUUAAAAACAUUGUUUCCAACAGUGGUGUUGGUUAAUUGCCCAGACGCCGAAGUAUUUUUUAUGAAUGCUAUAAAGAGCUUUAUAACAGGCUACAAGACCUUAAUACAUAUGAAUACAAUCAAAUAUGUUAACAAACAUCAUAUACCUUUAAGCUAGAAGAAGAUGUCAGUUGGGCUAUGUUUGGUGAAUGGGGUUUGUUGAAAGUGAACAGAGGCUCCUGAUUGGUUCCUCUGGACUUUCAUCAAGAAGAAACAAAAGAAAAUGGCAGCGAGCGGGAAGAGAAGCAGCGAGAGGAAACCGAAGCCAUCUUGUACGUUCUAGGACCUUCCAGGGAGAACUGAAGCCUUAUUAUACUCUACGUGCACGCGCAUGAUCCUAUGUUGGUGGUCUAUUGUACAUACAGGGGGAAGAACUUCCAGAUGCAGAAUAAGUUAAUCAAUUAAUCUGAUUCCUCCUGAGAUUUUGAUUCGACCAUGCUGGAUUUGCUAAUUUACAACAAUUUAGGCUAACGAGCUAAAUCACCUGGACCCAAUGUAACCAAAUAAGGACUUUCACCUUCGACCAACGGAGAUUUAAAAUAAGUCUCGGUUUUGGUCUCGUUUAUCCAUCCCAUCAUGUGUGUUAAGCGCAGCCUGGUUUACCUUCUAUCGAAUGGAGCGCCCAUUGUGUUCGGUUUAGCUUGCUUUCCCUUCUGUAGACAGGAGCCUCCAUUUUGUUCGGUUUAGCUUGCUUUCCCUUCUGUAGACAGGAGCGUCCAUUUUGUUCGGUUUAGCUUGCUUUCCCUUCUGUAGACAGGAGCGUCCAUUUUGUUCAAACCCAUGAUUCUGCUGUUCCAUGUCGGAACAAAUGGCAGGAAAGAUACAAUUUCCUUUGUUUGUUUGUUGGUUUCAUCCCUUUGAGGAAAGCGGUAAGUAAGAAAAGAGGGGUAAAACCAGUCUGAAGUCGGACUGGUUCAGCAUUGGUCCCUAGUGGGACAGCUACUGAUGUAUUUAUUGAUUAGGAGAUCAUCCCCUGUAGAGACUUAUGUUUAGAGUGUGCAUAGACAUGUAUAGGUACAGAGCACACACACACACACACACACACACACACACACACACACACACACACACACACACACACACACACACACACACACACACACACACACACACACACACACACGCACACAAAUAAACGUGCACAUGUUAUAUUUAACCAUGACAA